CUUAGCCCUGCACCGGCCUACUUUUUGGAGCAGAGCACCUGGGUUGGUUCCUGAAGCUUCCAGCCAUCUGCCCAGCUGCUAGGGCCUCUCCGGAGCAGCCAUGAGGUCCCUCGCCCUGCUCCUUUGUCUGGCUCAGCUCUGUAGCUGCCGUUCUAUCCCACUUGGGACAGCUCUGACUUAUAGGCAACUGAACUGUGAUGACCCAGAAACUGAGCAAGCAGCCCUGGCGGCCGUGGACUACAUUAACAGCCACAUGCUUCAAGGCUAUAAGCACACCUUGAACCAGAUUGACAAAGUCAAAGUGUGGCCUCGGCGGCCAAUGGGAGAGGUGUUUGAACUUGAGAUAGACACGCUGGAAACCACCUGCCAUGUACUGGACCCCACCCCCCUGGCCAACUGCUCUGUGAGGCAGCUGGUGGAGCAUGCCGUGGAAGGGGACUGUGAUUUCCAGGUGCUGAAACAGGAUGGCCAGUUUUCUGUAUUGUUUGCAAAAUGCGAUUCCAGUCCAGACUCCGCGGAGGACGUGCGCAGGUUGUGCCCAGGCUGUCCCCUGCUGGCCCCGCUGAACGACACCAAGGUAGUGCACGCCGUAGACGUCGCGCUGACCGCCUUCAACGCUCAGAGUAACGGCUCCUAUUUUCGGCUCUUGGAAGUCUCUCGGGCUCAACUUGUGCCUCUCCCACCUUCCACGUAUGUGGAGUUUGCCGUGGCUGCCACUGACUGUGCCGCUAAAGAUGUCACAGACCCAGCCAAGUGCAACCUGCUGGCAGAAAAGCAAUAUGGCUUCUGUAAGGCAACCCUCACUGAGAAGGUUGGUGGGGAAGAUGUGGCCGUGACCUGCACCGUGUUCCAAACACAGCCUUUGCUCCCGCAGCCCCAACCAGAGGGCCCCGAUGCAGUGGCCGUCGACCCCAGGGCAGACCCAGCGGUGCCUGUGCCUUCCCAGGCUGAUGUGCCGGUAGCCUCCCUGGUGGUGGGACCCGUGGUGGCGGCGGUUCCCGAGGCACCCCUGCCAGGGCACCGGACUCACUACGACCUGCGCCGUGCCUUCACGGGGGUGGUCUCCGAGGAGUCGGCCUCAGGAGAAGCAGUGCACGUGGAGAAAGGCCCCACGGUGGUGCAGCCUGGCAUUGCUGUUGUUCCGGAUCCAGCGCUCCGCCCUUGCCCAGGGAGAAUCCGAUACUUCAAGGUUUAGCUGGAGGUCAGAGACGAGAAGGUUUGGCCCAGGAACAGAGAUAGCCACCAUUUUGUCUAAGUCUGGGCGUGGGAGGGGCCUUGUUUGCUAUCAAAGCAGGUGCUGCACAGGUCUAGAUUAGUAUCAAGUCUUCAACUCCAACUUCUCUUCGUUCUUCAGGGGAUGGAAGCAGAGGGGCAGUGUUAGGUCUCACGGAAGGUAUAAGGCUGGCAACUGGAUGGCCAUUGUUUUGAUGCUAAGUCACCACCGUUGUGUCCUCUGCCGUCUUUGACCUCACAAAAACAGUUGGAACUGGGACUUUGAGUGGUGCUCUUGCCAACCUCAUAUUUUCUUGUUAAUAAAAGUGACUGAAGGACCUUCCUUAAUAAAGAAGGUUCUAAGCUGAAAUGUGA